UGGAGAAUGCUUCGGCAUGAGAGCAAUGUGGCUUCUAACCCCCUCCCGCAGAAUUACUACGCACGGGUUCAAGGGUUCGAAUUUCGAGUGCUUUUCGACACUUGGAUCACGUAAUCAAAAAAUCGACUACUCAUGCUGGUAUUCAUUUAAGACUUUGUAAUCGACGCUAAGGUCUUUCCUUAUCAGACUUUGUCGUCAGCGGCAAGCAUUGUUCCUAUUAUAGAUAACAUAGCAGUGUUGGCCUUCACAUAAUUCUUGUCCCUUCGAUAGUUCUCACUGAUCGGUAGUUCUUACUGAUACUCCUUUAAAAUGUUGAAGGGAUCCGUAGCAUUGGUUACUGGCGGUGGAUCUGGCCUAGGUCUAGCUACCGUUGAGAGAUUUAUCCAGCAAGGAGCUAAAGUUGUUAUCGCUGAUCUCACCUCUUCAAAAGGAGCGGUUGUCGCACAGAAGUUUGGAGAUUCUGCAGUAUUUACGCCAACUGAUGUACAAUCUGAGCAAGACGUACAGACAGCUGUCAACUUGGCAAAAGAGAAGUUCGGAAGAUUGGAUACAACUGUAAAUUGUGCUGGAACAGCCAUAGCGUUCAAAACUUAUAAUUUCAACAAAAAACUGGCGCAUAACUUAGAAGAUUUCACAAGGGUUCAGAUGAUUAAUACCGUAGGCACAUUCAAUGUGAUUAGAUUGGCGGUUAGUCUCAUGGGUGAUAAUGAGCCAAACAAAGAUGGACAGCGAGGUGUUAUCGUAAAUACUGCAAGUGUUGCAGCUUUUGAAGGACAGAUAGGUCAAGCUGCGUAUGCUGCAAGUAAAGCUGCUGUAGUUGGCAUGACUUUACCCAUUGCUAGAGAUCUUUCUACUCAGGGUAUCCGAGUUGUAACAAUUGCUCCUGGCUUAUUUGAUACACCAAUGUUGGCGCAACUUCCAGAAAAAGUUAGAAAAUUUCUAGCAGCGAACAUACCAUUUCCUCAGAGAUUGGGAGAUCCAGCUGAGUUUGCUCACCUCGUGCAAUCAAUUGUCGAAAACCCAUUGCUCAAUGGUGAAGUUAUAAGAUUAGAUGGAGCUUUACGAAUGCAAAUGUGAGUCCAAUUAUUACGCAAAAUCAAAUAAAAUGAUUUUUACCCAAAAUACUUUGUACGUGUAAAAUUUGCCUGAAAUAAAGUUGGUGGUAUGAAACUUA